GAGGGCUUAAAAUGAAUGGUGUGGAAAAAGUAAGAGAGGUAUGAGCUGCGUGACUGUGUUUGUGUCAGAGAGAGAGGGGGAGAAAGAGAGACAGAGAGAGAGACGGGGGGCAUGGAUGCUGUUGCCAGGCGACAGCGAUGAGAGAAAGAUCCUUUUUUUUUUCCCUCUUGUUUUUUUAAAUAAAAAAAAAAUCUUUUGCAUCAUGAAAAUAAAGAGGACUGGAGUGAGGACGCGGACGACGGACGAUCGUGACUCCAGCAGCCUGAGAGGACUCCACUGAGGAAGGUUGUCAUGAGACACACACACACUCUAUCAGAACAUCAGAUAAAGUCCCACCUGCAGCUGCUGACGGUGAUGAUGCUCCCUGUGAUCAGACCACUUUGAACAGCAGGACGUGACAUCUGAGGAGGAGGAGAAAAAAAACAAGAAACACGUCCCCGUCAGAGGAUCGUGACUUCACCACCUUCUACAUCAGCCUUAAAGAUAAAGUGAGCGGAGGUCAACCCCACGACCUCAGGAGCCGCGCUACACAUGGACAACAUGGAGGUGAAGGAUGAGUGGCAGGAUGAGGACUUCCCCAGGCCACUGCCAGAAGAUGGCGAUGUUGACUCUUCCUGUGGCCUCACCGACAACAGAAACAGUAACUGACAUCACACAGCAGAAUACAACAUUUGAACUGUACUGUACUGUACUGUACUGUACUGUACUGUACUGUACUGUACUCCCACCCUGCUGCCGUUGUUGUUGUUGUUGUACUGUAGAUCCUCCCACCACUCUGAAUGUUGGCGACUCAGCGGUCCAUCACAAACGUCGCACCCUGGUGGCCCCGGAUAUGAACUUGUCGUUGGAUCAGAGUGAGGGCUCAGUGCUCACCGACGACCUUCUGGAAACAAACAAUGACCUGGACAUCAGUGUGGACGACGUCGCGACCCCUGACGAUACUGACUCACUGGAGUUCAUUACCAAUGGAAAUGAGCUGGAGUGGGAAGAUGAUACACCCGUGGCCACGGCCAAACGUCUUCCAGGAGAAAGUGAAGAAGAGCGAGACUCGGCGGGUCGACUGUGGAGAACCGUGAUUAUCGGUGAUCAGGAGCAAAGGAUCGACAUGCAGGUCAUCAGGCCGUACCUGAGGGCUGUCACACAUGGAGGUUAUUAUGGUGAGGGACUGAAUGCCAUCAUUGUGUUUGCAGCCUGUUAUCUCCCUGACAGCAGCUGUGAAGAUUACACCUACAUCAUGGAGAACCUCUUCCUAUAUGUCGUGAGCAGCCUGGAGCUUCUGGUGGCAGAAGAUUACAUGAUCAUUUACCUGAACGGAGGAACUCCUCGCAGGAAGAUGCCUGGAAUCAGCUGGCUGAAGAGAUGCUAUCAGAUGAUUGACAGAAAACUGAAGAAGAACCUCAAGUGUCUCAUCAUCGCUCACCCAACCUGGUUCAUCCGCACGGUCCUGGCGAUCUCCAGACCUUUUAUAAGUGUAAAGUUCAUGGAUAAAAUCCGCUACGUCCACACAUUGGCAGAACUCGCCAAUAUUAUCCCAAUGGAGCACGUGCAGAUCCCUGAGUGUGUGCUACAGUAUGAGGAGGAGAAGAUAAGAGCACAGAGACAAAGGAUGCAGCAAGACCAGCAGCACGCCAACUUCAGUCUGCCCAAACAGGCCAAAGUCAGUGAUAGCAGAGGUUGGCUGUGACAUCUGACAUUAAGGAGGUCGGGAACGUUCAACGCACAGCGGCCGUCUGUAGGAUCACACUUCCUGUCUGGAUUCAAGAGUGAACAUCAUUCCAAACUCACAUCUAAUGGAGUCUCGUGCAUGACCCUUAUCUCCAGCAUGACGUUAGACUUUAAUAAGAACCACUUCUUAAAGCUGGGAACAAUCUGUAAAUAAUGUAAAUGUAUUUUUGAGCCACAGAUUGACAUUUGAGAGGCGUGGCCUUUGGGUGUUUCCUCAGAGAGAGAGAGUGUACAGUGAUGUUUUAUUGGAUGUUGCCAGAGCAAAUCUGUUUCAGUGUUUCAUGGACAGAUGAUGUCAUCAUCUUCCUGUUCUCCUCUCUCUGUCCCUGUGUUGUUGUCAACGUUCAGCACCUGAAUGUUCUAGAACACAUUUUUACAGGUUGGAAAAAAAGUUCAUCUGAACAAGAAGGAAACAGUUUUUGGACCAGAGACGAUGGAUUGAUUUAUGUGUUAUUUAUGAAAUGUGCCAUUUACUGUAAAAAAAAAAAAA